GCCUCUGGAAACGGCAGAAGAAAAUGCAUCUCGACUCGCACAAAAUCCUCAGCUGACGCUUCCGUACCCAGAGUGUUGUGAUACCAAAAAAGAUUCGAUUGUCGAGUGUCCCCACUGUGAUUCAUCGUACUGUAGUCGAGAAUGCAGAGCGAGCGCUUGGACGCAGUACCACGAGACGCUUUGUCUGCGUUCUUUUACACCAGAUCCCUCUCAUCCCCUCGUUAUGCUACAGGAGGCUUGGAAGUGGUGGGGAUUGCAGCAAGAAUCUUGCCACUUGAAUGCGUCUGCUGCUGCGAGCAAAAAGCGCAGAGGGACCACUGACGUACAAUAUGGACAAAUGCACUACCCACCAGAGACAGCGUGCAUUAUGCUACUCGCCAGAAUAAUUGCCACAGUACGGCAGGCGACAGACAAAGAGGGUGCCAUUGCUCUCUUCAUGCAGUUCUGUCAUCGGACAGUGAACGAGGAGGAGGAGAUAGCGCACAAAUUGCUUGGCGCAGAAUUCCAUGACCAGUUAGAGACGCUGCGCAGUAUGAUGGAAAAAGCUCUGUGGGCCCCAGAGGUUCAGCAUUGGCUGACACCGGAAGGCUUCCGUUCCUUAGUUGCUCUGGUCGGAACCAACGGCCAGGGUAUAGGCACCAGCCCCCUCAGUCGAUGGGUCCGAAACUGUGAUGUCGUGGAAGUGGGGACGCCCGAGAGAGAGAAGCUCGACCGUCUUAUCGAUAACAUUUACGAACAGCUUGAGAAGGAGGCUGGAGGGUUCCUGAAUAAUGAAGGCUCCGGGCUAUACCCACUCCAGAGUUCGUGCAACCACAGUUGUGACCCCAACGCGAUGCCCACAUUCCCAUACAACAACUUCCAUCUCGUCAUGAUCGCCGUGAAGGAUAUUACGGCCGGGGAAGAGAUCUGUGUGAGUUACCUGGAUGAGUGCAACUUGGAUCGAAGCCGUCACUCGCGAAAUAUUAUCCUCAGAGAAAACUACCUCUUUACUUGUCGCUGCCGUAAGUGUCUGGAACAAGCUGAUGACCCAGAUGUCACCAGUGAAGAGGAAAUGGAAGAAGGUGAAGAGGAAGAAGAGGAUUAGAGGGAAAUAGUGUUCGUAACGCAUUAAUAAAAUGAACCCUGCGUAACCUUCACCGAAUGGCUCUACCUCGCCCACAUCGAAGGUGCUUCUACGUACCAUGCAAAUAAGUUCAGCUUUACUCACUAAUGAAAGCAAGCAUUAACCUACAUGUUAAUAGUUUAACAUUAGUGAUCCUCAUUAGUCAUAUUUAAUGUUAAGACUUCCUUCUCUUUUCCGUGUGCAAACCAGUCUUGGAGUUCUGGUGUACUUCCAGCCGAUGACUUUCUGAAAUUACCGAACGUUUGAUCGUAAUUGUUGUAUCGUGUGACGGAUUCUGUCCAUAGUUCUUACGAAAGAGAUAGAUGUAGUGUAGACUUUUUUUACAAUGAUUUAUGGUGGUACAUUGCAUGUGGCCAGGCACAACAAAAGCCCUUUUUAACAGGUCGUGAAGGUGCCAGUUGGCCAUAUUUUGCAUACAGACCCAUUAAGUUCAGUUUCAUAGAGCAGUUUGGUGGCAGAGCACCUAGGUAUGGAGUUCCCAAGAUUAGAGUUGAUUAGAAUUUGACCAGGUCUCUAUCUACAUUAUAGGAGAUGCAUAUCUGUGAGAAUAUGGUCUUUAGAUGAAAUUCUUAUUGUUACAGUGCUGUUAUAGUAUGUGUUUAUAUAUAUAUAGUUCUGAAAUGUACAUUGGCAUCUAGUGUUGCAGUACAUUGGCAGAAUAAAAUUUUACACCUUA